ACGUUGUGUUAUUUCCAAUUUGGUUAGAUUUGGUUGGCUGAGUUGUAUCAUUGUAUUUCAUUUAUGUACAUGGCGAGGUGGUGGUUUUUGUGCUAUAUCCCAUCCAGUGGGUUUACUGCUGCCAUCUCGCUCCCGCACAAGGUCGGGGUGGUGAGGAUAUUUCGCUAGCAUUCGUCGUCCAUUCCAUACCGCCCCCUUGGGCGCAACGAAAACGCUUUUUUCGGGUGAGUGAGAUAUAGCGAUGUUGUUGCAUUGCAGCAUGGAAUGGAAAGAUAGAAAUUGUUAAAACAUUUUUGAAUCAGUAGCAUUUGAAGGUUUGGCCGGUUAUGACGUGAGGAGAAGUGAGAGAUAUUUCUUUUCGUUUUCGUGUGUUUUUUCGUGAAUCGACCCAGGGUCUCCGGGAACGAAAUUUCGAGUGGGUCCUUCACUAAUAGAUUGCGCUUCGGAGAUAAUGUUUCAAAUUGUGUCAAGUGCGGGUAUAUUGGAACAGUGCCGUUUUAGAAGUGAGUAAGUUUGGAGUGGUUCGAAAGUGUUCCCUCAGUUUUCACUGGGGUAAUAGGAGAGGGGUUCCGCAAACGGGUGUUUAACUCCGAUCGGAAAUAUCUGGUGGCCACAUCAGCGAGGCAAAGUGAUAACAAUAACAAUUAUAAAGUGGUCACAAGAUUUUAGUGAGAUUAGAUAGGUCAAGUGGUGUUUGUGUGUAGCGGAACAUGAGUUUACCAAGUGGCGUUGAUAUGUCCAAUCUGAUGCAACAGCACCCGGUUCUGGGUGCGUUGCCACCGGCCUUUUUCCUGCGGGCUGCCUCGGAACGGUACCAGCGGACACCGAAAUGUGCCCGCUGUCGGAAUCAUGGUGUGGUAAGCGCCCUGAAAGGUCACAAACGGUACUGCCGCUGGCGGGAUUGCGUCUGUGCGAAGUGUACCCUGAUCGCGGAACGGCAACGGGUGAUGGCGGCUCAGGUGGCCCUGCGCCGGCAGCAAGCUCAGGAAGAAAAUGAAGUGCGCGAUCUGGGACUACUGUAUACCGGUGGCGUUCACACGGUCGGUCAACCGAUGCCGGACAGCAACGGGCAGUCGUCGGUGGGACAGUUCCACACGGGGAUACCGUCGCCUCCGAACGAUUCCGAUGGGGGGAAUCGGGGAAAUUAUGGAACGGUAGAAGAAGCCGAAAAUCCUCGACUCCGACCGGAACGCAUCAACUCCGCCUAUUCGCCAGAUCAGAGUGAACCCGACAGUCCCGGAUCCAAGCGCCAGCGACUAUCCACAGAAACAGACCACGACACAGGUUCGGAGUCCUCCCCGAGCAGCCCACGUCUGAAAACGGGACUAUUCUCGCUACCCAUGAAACUGUCCCCAUCCCGCAAUGGACCACCCAGCUCCCCGGAGUCGGAUCUGGACGUCGAUUCAGCACCCGACGACUCAGUCGCACCGGAAAAUCUUAGUCUCAAGAAAGACAAUGGCACUGCCCGGAAGACCCCACCGGAACGGAACUCUCCGGUGAAUAACAACAACGUGCUCGGCAAUGGAAGCGGUGCCGCCAGCAGUUUAGGAUUUCUACCAUAUCACACCCAGACGCCACAGUACCAGCACGGAUUGGGAGUGGCAGGAUCGCCAAAUCCUUCCAGAUCACCGGUGGAUGUUCUGCUGAGAGUAUUCCCUAACCGCCGUCGGACCGAGGUAGAACAAUUGCUGCAGCGAUACAGAGGAGACGUGGUACAAGCAAUGGAAGCCAUGCUUUGCGGAGAUGACGGUCUACAUUCGACCAUGAAUGUACCACCUCCAUCGCCCCCGUUCCCCCUAAAAUCAGCUUUCUCACCGCUAAUGCCUCCGGGAGCGUUUGGUGCGCCGGCCGUCAGCCGGGGCUAUUCGUUUCUGCAGGCACAUGCCCACGCGAAACGCUUCCUGAGUGCUCCCUACAGUGGAACCGGCUACCUAUCGACGGUACUGCAGGAUCCGGAACAGCAGUGUGAUGCCAGCGGGGGAGGUGGACCGGCAAAUGGAUCCUCUUCCUCGGGGACCGGUGGCGCCGGGAACUGCGGAGAUGGGCAGGAAUAAUACACGAUUAUCGAUUUGUAAAAAAAAUAAAAGAAAAUAUUUCGAUAGCUUUAAGAAGAACAAAUGAACAUAAUCAUCAAUAACAAUGAUCGUACUUUUUUUUGGUUUUACUUUAUGAACUCGAGACCGUUCGAGAGCGACAAAGCUGUGUACAGAAUUAGUAGAUAUCAGGCAAAUCAAAAUAGCUGAAGCAUGUUUGAACUUAGAACCUUUAUAUACGUAAAUAGAAUAAAAUGUAGAUCAAUCACGUUCAAAUUUUAGUUUUGUACAUAUUCUGAUUUCGGUUUUUCCUUUAGAUAUUUUGCCGAAUAAUAGUGUAUGGUUUCAAAGUCAUUGACAGAGGAUUAAUAAAUUUUCAAUAUCACUAGCAUAGACAAGCAACAACAACAACAGCAACCACAUAGAUGAAUAUUCUACAAAAGCAAAAUUAGUACAUAUAAUCUCACGCCCUAGGGUCUUAAUAAAGUAUAACGAAGCAUUACAAAUACCGAUCUAUGCAGUAAUAAUCCGUACGCAGAAUAGAAUAUUAAAUAUAACAAAAUAUGCUUACAUGUAGCCUUAAGACAUCUACUCCAGAACGUGAAAUAAAGAAGGUGCCAUAAUCAUCC